AUGGCAUUACCAAGGUUACGAGCUAAUGCAAGUAUUGAAGAAAGAAUGGUUCAUCCAAAUCAUAUGAUUUAUCAGAAAUUGGAAAAUUUGGUGCAAACAAUGUUAGAUCCUGAUAAUGGAGUACCUAUUAAGACUGUUAAGAGUUUCCUAACAAAAAUUCCUUCCGUUUUUACUGGUCAAGAUCUCAUCGCUUGGAUUAUGAAAAAUAUGAAUGUGACAGAUCUCGCUGAUGCACUUCAUUUAUCCCAUUUGAUCGCAUCUCAUGGCUAUUUAUUUCAAAUUGAUGAUCAUGUUUUAACUGUGAAAAAUGAUGGUACUUUUUAUCGAUUUCAAACUCCUUACUUCUGGCCAUCGAAUUGUUGGGAACCGGAAAAUAUGGAUUACGCCGUGUAUUUGUGUAAGCGUACUAUGCAAAAUAAAGCACAUUUGGAAUUGGAAGAUUUCGAAGCGGAGAAUUUAGCGAAGUUACAAAAAAUGUUCAGCCGGAAGUGGGAAUUUGUUUUUAUGCAAGCUGAAGCUCAGUAUAGGGUUGACAAAAAACGUGAUCGUCAAGAACGACAAAUUUUGGACAGCCAGGAGCGUGCUUUUUGGGAUGUUCAUAGGCCUGUGCCGGGUUGUGUAAACACUACAGAAGUGGAUUUCCGAAAACUAUCAAGAUCAGGACGGCCGAAGUAUAGUUUAUCUACUCAUGCUGCUGUUGCAUCGUGUUCGAAUAUCACUUUACCGUAUUCGACUUCAGCUGCAGCUGCACAUGCAGCUGGACAAACGCCUUCUUGCUCAAGUUCCAUUUUAAAUGGUGCAACUAAUACAUCUUCCUCCAUGGCAAAUCAACAAACACCACCCUAUGUAUCACCAUCAGCAUCAUCAGUACAAUAUUACAGCCAAAGACCUGGUAUUAGACGGUGUACUAGAGUGCAGGAUACAUUAAAACAGGAGAUUACUGCUUUGGAAGCACGACUAACGAAGAACGUUAUCAAAACGUCCAAGGUUAUCGAAAAUUAUUUGCAAUAUUUCGAUCAUCGUCGUAUUUUUGAUCCAUUUCUAACUCAACCUGGCACAGCAGCUGAUUCAUUCCAGAGUCAUCCAAAUCCAUGGAUUUCUGAUACCGUUGAUUAUUGGCAACAUGAUAAAAUCACCGGUGAUAUAUCAAUGCGUCGUUUGAAAUUAUGGGAGGAGAGCUUUGAAGAAUUAUUGUGCGAUGAAAUAGGUAGGGAAACGUUGCAGAAAUUCUCCGACAAAGAAUAUUCUGGAGAGAAUUUACGCUUUUGGUGGCAGGUCCAAAAACUACGGAAAUGUGCGUGUCGUAUGGUACCUGUGCUAGUGACUGAAAUAUAUAAUGAAUUUAUUGAUAAAAACGCAACAUCACCUGUUAAUAUCGAUUGUAAAGUGAUGGAUCAGACGGAAGAAAAUUUGAAAAAUCCAAACCGUUGGUCAUUUGAUGAGGCUGCGGAUCAUAUCUUUUGUUUGAUGAAAAAUGACAGUUACCAACGAUUUUUGCGUUCCGAAAAUUAUAGGGAAUUGCUCAAUCAGUCGAAGAAAAAGGUUGGUUUUAGAGUGGAAAUCGAAAUGGAAUUUAAAAAUCGGAAUGGAAUUUCAACUGGAUGA